AUCAACUUAUAACGAAAUACAACAGCUGCGAAAUUCUUCUGUCUUGAAAUAUAUAGUAAUAUAUAUAUAGCUCAAGACAAUGGAUGCUGAGGAAGAAACUCUGCGAAACGAAAGACGGCUAAAUGCUCUGUUAACAAUUCAUCGACAGCUGACUGAUUUGCUAGAGUUUGUGAAUCGCAUCGGUGUCUCGCUGGAGACGCUAUCGAUAAGCACUGUACGCUUUAUAGCCGACCAAAAUCUGCAGGCCAUCCAAGGCACCAAUGAGACAACGGCAACAACAACAACAACAACACAGAGUACAAGACUUACAUUUGUCACACCGGAGCCGCACACAAUUUACACAACGGUUAACAAUAAUUUUCAAACUAGGCGCGCCAAAAGCGUUGCAUGCUGCACGGCGCAACAGCAACGGAUGACAACAACAACAAGAACAACAACAGGAGCAACAGCAACGGCAACAGUAACUGCCAAAUAGCACUAGA